AUGGCCGAGCCUUGCUGCUCCCCGAUUCCAUGGUCGGGGGAGCGAAUCCCUAGCCCAAAUCCCGAUCUAAUGAUUGGCGCCGCCAUUCCCGCGGAGGAAAGAGAGAUGGACACAUCAAGCCCUGCAGCACUUGUCAAUGCAGAGAUUCUGAACAUGUUUGUUGGCCGAAGAGUACGCACGGUUGUUCAAGUCCAAUGCAAUGAAGGUGGAGUGCUUGUCGGGCAGUCCAGUGAUGGGCAUCAGUUGAGCAUCAAAAGCGCCAUGGACGUCCCUGUAUCACACUUUAUGGAGGUUUAUGGAAUUGCUGAAAACAACCAGACCAUCCGUGCUGAAGUUUGCACAGAUUUUGGUCCCAACUUUGAUCCCAAGCCUUUUGAUCAAUUGUGCAAGCUGGCGAGUGACAAGUUCAAGCACAUGUUCCUGUAG